AUGUUCCGGCACAGCGCGCGGCGGCUGGCCGCGGCUUCGGCGGCGGCGGCGGCCCAGGGGACGAGCAGCGGACACACGGGGCUGGCCAUAUCCAAGGCGCAGGGCAUCGCCCGGGGCCUCACUGGAGCCAUCGGAAACACGCCCCUGAUCCGCCUCAACCGGCUCUCGGAAGAAACCGGCUGCGACAUCCUGGGCAAGGCCGAGUUCAUGAACCCCGGCGGGUCGGUCAAGGACCGCGCGGCGCUGUACGUGGUGCUCGACGCCGAGGAGCGCGGGCUGCUGCGCGCGGGCGGCACCGUGGUCGAGGGCACGGCGGGCAACACGGGCAUCGGGCUGGCGCACGUGUGCCGCGCGCGCGGCUACCGCCUCGUCAUCUACAUGCCGGACACGCAGUCGCCCGCAAAGGUGGCGCUGCUGCGGCAGCUCGGCGCCGACGUGCACCCCGUGCCGGCCGUGGCGUUUGACCACCCGGACAACUACAACCACCGCGCCCGCAGGCAUGCCGAGCGGCUCGCCGACAAUGCCGUGUGGACCAACCAGUUCGACAACACGGCCAACCGGCGCGCCCACGUCGAGACGACGGGGCCCGAGAUCUGGGCGCAGACGGCCGGCUCCGUCGACGCCUUUACCUGCGCGACCGGCACCGCGGGCACCCUCGCCGGUGUCACGCGUUUCCUCAAGGACGCCUCGGGCGGCCGCGUCAAGAGCUUCCUUGCCGACCCGCCCGGCAGCGUGCUGCACUCGUACAUCGCCUCGGGCGGCACGCUCGUCGAGCGCGCCGGGUCCAGCAUCACAGAGGGCAUUGGCCAGGGCCGCGUCACCGACAACCUGCGGCCCGACAUUGGCCUGCUCGACGGCUCGCUGCACAUCUCGGACGAGAAGAGCAUCGAAAUGGUCUACCGCUGCCUCGACGAGGAAGGCCUCUACCUCGGCGCCAGCUCCUCCCUCAACGUCGUCGCCGCAAAGGAGGUUGCCCAGAAGCUCGGUCCGGGCCACAAGGUCGUCACCAUCUUGUGCGACGGCGCCUACAGGUACGCCGACCGCCUCUUCUCACGCCAGUGGUUGUCCGACAAGAAGCUGCUCGACGCAAUUCCCCAGCAUCUGCAAAAGUACAUUGUCCUGCCCUAG